CAGCACCGGUAGGCUGAGCUGUGCUCCAGAAGCCAGUGGACCCCCUCUGCCUCCAACGCACAAUCACUGCGAUCGACGGAGAAGCUCAGUCACCCGAUGAAGCUAUUGGCUGGAAGGCUUCAGGUCCUCGCUCACUGCCGAUGCACCGCUCUCAUAAGCAGCGCUCACACUGACUCCACACACACACACACACACACGUCAAACUGUGUGGAACCAUGUCGCAGUACACUCUGGGAGUUCACCUGCAAAUUCUGCUGGCUGUGGUUCUGGCUGUGUUCUGCUACUGCCUGGUUCUCGGCUUCAUCCUUUGCUGUCGCAGAAGGAAGAGUGUUCCAUCAGAGGACAAGGAGGCAGUUUGCUCGACUCCUCAUCCUGCUGAGAGGGUGACUGUGACAUUGACUCCAUCCCUGUGUACACAGCCUGUUAAGCAGCAGUAUGAGGAGCUGGAUGGAGAUGUGUUAGAGCUUCCUUCCUCUAAAAGCAGCUCUUCUCCCUCUGAGGAUGACCUCACUGCUCUGCCCUUUGACCCCAGCCCUGCCAGAUCAGCUGAGCUGGUGCAGUCUGCUGGGUCUUCUUUGCCAAUGCGGCGCCUCAGCACCCCGGCUGUUCCCUGCUCAACCAGUAAACCUCAAACUCAUGGCAGAGCUUCUUUGCCCUCGCUCAGUAAGCUGAGUCUCGUGACCAAAUCCCGCCGGGCGAUGGGUCGGCGAAGCACUGUGAGCGGUGAGAGUUUUCUUUACACCGAGAGCAGUCGACUGACUGCUGAUGCUGCCAGAGCUCCCACUGAGCAGGGGGAGCCCUGUCCAUCACAGUAUGGCUCUAACUCUCUCUCCAUCCCCUCAAAGCCUGCUCCUCUCCUGCACUUCUCCCUGCUCCUCUCCUCUGCCUGUGGCACCCUGGUGGUCAACAUCCUGGGGCUCUCGGGGGCCAGUCGAAGGCGCAGUGGGGUGUUUGUCCGAGCCAGCCUUCCUCCACUCUGCCCCUCUCCCCAGCAGAUCACCUCUCGGCGCCGUAGCCUCAGCCCAGACCUCCACAGUCAGAGCUUUGUGCUGCAGGUAGGCUCUGUGGAAGAGCUGCGCACCUGUACCUUGAGACUGGCUGUCUACAGCAGGGACUUCUCAGGCCUCAGAGAGGCUGCGCUGGGUGUGGUGGAGCUGCCCUGUGAGCAGACGGAUUGGAAGCCUGACAUCACCACCACCUACACCAGGCAGCUCAGCCCAAUUAAAAGCAAGUUGAAAAAGAGUGUGAGUUCUCAGGAAACGUUGGGUCACAGGAAGAGGUCGGUGUGUGCGCCACGGGCUUUGGGUCAACUGUUCAUCCUGCUGCAGUACCAGACGCUGGCCCAGCGCAUCAAGGUGAUGGUCCGAAAGGCUGAGAAUCUGGCCAAGCUCACACGGAUCCCAGGAGCUCCAGACCACUAUGUUGUCAUCAACCUGCGUCAGGAUGGAAAUGUAAUUGGUACCAAGGAGACCAAAGGAGCCAGUGGUCCAAACCCUGUCUGGAACGCUCCAUUUCUGUUUGACCUUCCCCCUGGUGACAUCACUCAGCUGCCAUUGGUGCUUGAAUUCAUAAUCAUGCAGGGCCGUCUCUACACUAAGAGCAGUACCUUGGGCCGUGUGUUGAUUGGCAGUGACGCUUCAGAGGCGGGACAGGGACACUGGAAGGAAAUGUGCAGUCGGGGGCAAAUAGAAACGGCUCGCUGGCACUCCAUCCGAUCAGAUGUGGUGUAGGACUGAUAGACAGACUGCGGGACCGUACCACUGUCCCUUUGCUGCCUAGUAAGUGUCCUAGAGGUGGAGUUUCUUGUAGGUGGGAAUAACAUGUGAUUGGGACGCACAUGCCUCCCCUGCCUCCAAAGUAUUUAUUUUAGUCUUUUUAUUUUUAGUUCUGUUGUGGAAUUUUGGUGGCGAUGCUAACUUUGAUAGUUUUCCAUGUUAUUUAUCAACAGAUAAUGUUCACGAUUUAAAUAACUAGUAAUGCUGUUUUAGGGAGAGACAAUAUCCAGAUGGUCCAUGUGUAUCUCCAGGGCUGUAGAGGGAGAAGCACUGAUCACUGUGUGGGGGAGAGUGUGAGGAGGGAUGUGCUGCAGUUUUCCUCAUAUCAACAGUAUUCUUCGUCCCUGCAUUGCUUUUGUGAUUAUUUCCACUGUGACAUCUUAAAACAUGUUGUCUGUAAAACCGUCUGUGGUUUGCUGUGGUGUGUUACUGUGCCAGUAUUUGUCCACAAACUGUAAAGAUCUGUCCUUACUAAUACUGUAUCGUACAUUCAGCAUGAGGCCGUUAGAAUGGCCUCACUUUGUGUAGCAUGCCUGCUGAAUUCUUGUUUUAUUUCGUGCCGUCUCCAAUAGGGAGAGGAAGUUUUGUCCUCUUUUCAGCCACCGCAAUUUCCAAUAAGCACGUGGUGGCUUUAUGAAUCACAGACACUACUACUGCUUAGUUUUGAACAUAUACUUCAGUUAAACACACUUGCACAUAAUUAGUAGAAGGCAGUCAAAACUAACUAAUGAGUCAGUCAGUCAGUCAAUGCCAAAUGCCAGAAGCGCAUACAGAUACACUUUUUUUGUGCUUUCCCCCACUGUUGGAGUUGGACAACUAAAACAAUUAACAACUGUCCGUCAGUGGGAAUAGAAAUAUUACUUUUUUACUGUUUUUAGGCAUGAGACACAUUAAUAUUACGAUUAUAAUUAAUUACAUAUUACAAUUAAUAUUAUUGUCAGCAUGAAAAACCGUUUAGAGGUCAACAUCACAGUGCCCAGACUAGAGAUGUAGGGAAAUAUCUUGUCAAUAUUUCUUUUUCUUUCAAAGACUUUCAUUUCAAUAUUUUACAAAAUGUGACCUUUAUUCUAACAAAAUCAUAAGUCAGGGGUGGAUUUGAACAUGACAGUCCUUAACAUUAAUUCGGCAGCCUUCACUUAUAUAAUAAUGGCACAUUUUAGAAAAUGUAAUGUGUAAUGUUUUUAAUAAAAACACUUAACAUUUUUUUGUUUCUAGAAAGGAAUUGUUGUGUUUAUACUGUAUGUAUAGUAUAUUGACCAUGUUGAAGCCUUCUGGUGGCAACUGUAAAUUAAUGUCUUUGCUUUUAAAAGAGAAUAGUUUCAGAGAAUUUAAAAUAAAUCAAUAUAUUAUAUAAAGGAAUUUUGUGGAAUUUGU